CUCAUCUCCUUCAUCCUCAGCCUGCCGGAGUGAUUUUCAGAGAGAGAGAGAGAGAGAGAGAGAGAGAGAGAUGGUAUCGGGAUCGGGUAUUUGCGCGAAGAAGGUGGUGGUCGAUGCCAGACACCACAUGCUUGGCCGUUUGGCCUCGAUUUUGGCCAAAGAGCUUCUGAACGGCCAGAAAGUUGUGGUGGUUCGAUGCGAGGAAAUCGCCCUUUCUGGUGGACUCGUGCGCCAGAAGAUGAAGUACUUGAGGUUCCUGCGUAAGCGGAUGAACACGAAGCCGUCUCAUGGCCCUAUUCACUUCCGUGCGCCUUCCAAGAUUCUCUGGAGAACCAUCCGUGGGAUGAUUCCUCACAAGACCAAGCGAGGGGAAGCUGCACUAGCGCGCUUGAAGGUGUAUGAAGGUGUACCACCGCCAUAUGACAAGAUGAAGAAGAUGGUCAUUCCAGAUGCUCUCAAGGUAUUGAGGCUUCAAGCUGGCCACAAAUACUGUUUGUUGGGUAAACUCUCUUCGGAGGUUGGAUGGAACCACUAUGAUACUAUCAGGGAGCUGGAGAAGAAGAGGAAAGACAGAUCCCAGGCUGCAUACGAGCAGAAGAAGCAAUUGAUGAAGCUGAGAGUUAAAGCUGAGAAGGUUGCUGAUGGGAAACUCGGUGCACAGCUCGACGUCAUCGCCCCAAUCAAGUACUGAAAUAUAAGAUAGGUAGCCCUUGUUCUUCCUUCACUUGUUGUGUGGCCAUUUCGGUUAUUGCCUAGGAUUGUUUGUUUUCUUGACUUCUUAAGCUAAGAUAAGGCAAGAUGAACCCGGUGAUUAGUUGGUUUCUUGGUACAUGCCUUCCCAUUUCAGUUA